AUGUCAGAUAUUCCAGCUAUCCCAGAGAGACCCAAGAUUCCUGCGAGGCCCAAAAGAAGGCCAGCAGCAACAAUUCAGGAAUGGGUGUCACCUGAUUCAUCGAAUGGGGCCAGGGGAGGUGAGGAUGUGACGGAAGGGUAUGAAGCCAAUCAUGUUGAGUGUGGAAUGGGUAAAAGGGGGAAUUUAGAUUUAGAUGGAUUUUCAAGGAAUUCAUCUGAUGCAACGGUGCUUCAUUUUGGAUUAAAGGGUUACAAGCAAGAAGGUAAGAAGGAUAUGUAUAUGCAACCGUCUUAUGCGGUAGAGGAAGAUAAGUUCCAGGAUGUUGGCAGGGCUACAAAUUGUGCUAAUGGUGUAGGAAAUGAAUCUCAAGAAGAUAUUACGAUUAGUAAUAUUUCUGCGUCCCCUGAGUCAGGAUUGAACAAGUCGGAUUGUGUGGAGACUUCUACUUUUGAAUUUCCAACACCUGUAGAUGAGGAGGUUGUCGAUGGGGAUAGUUCUUCUGAACAACCUCUUGUUCCUGCUAGACCAGUCAAGAUUUUGGAUCAGCAAAAUGAUGAUAAGAAGGGCGCUGGGGUGGUGAAUUUGGAGGGUAGAGCUGUAUUAGACGAUAAAGAGGAAGAAGCCUUGGAUAGCGACGGGUCGCUAGACUCUGGUUUUUCAGAUUCAAGUCAAGAAAAGUUGGCUGCACAGUUGCAAGAAGCUUUGGAAGUUAAGUCUCCCAAGGAUGAUGAAGUGGAAUUCAGUCCAACUAAGGAUGCAAACCUGGAAGAUUCUGAUUCUGUUAGAGCCAAAAACAUGGAUUCUGGACCUUGCUUAAAAAUUCAAAGUAAUAGUAGUACAUCACAACCAGAAAGUUCGAAUGAGGCAUCUCCUACUGUUGCCUCACUGGAUACAGGAUCUUCAACUGCAGAACAACUAAAGAAGCGUGUUCCAAUUGUUCCUAAAAAACCGUCUUCCAAAAUCGCUGCUUUCCAAGAAAUGUUACAGAGACAACAAGCUGAUCAUUAUUCAUCCAAACCGUUUGAUGACCAACGUGGUUCUACUAGUCCACACAAAUUUGGAGGUACUCGCGCCAACUUUAAGCAGAAUUUGAAUGGCCUUUUUGCAUUGCCUGGGAUGGCGCCUGUAGGAGCAUCUCCUACAUUAACAAAGUUGUCCUCUCCUAUGAAUUCGGAUCAUGUUCAGUAUGGUGGAGAGAGCAAAUUGAAAUCCGUUAGUCCAGAACGCAAGCUUGAAACCCCAGUCUCUGAAUUACGUCAAGUAAAGGCCAGAGGUCCUCGUGGUAGAAAACUACCUUCUUCGAUAUCUAACUUGGAAAAGGCACAUCCAACAACCACAAGCAACUCCAUAGCUGUUUUUGAUACUUGGUCUGCGACCUUCAAAUCAUCGUUGAAGGCCACCCAAAGCAAGGAAGACGACGCUUAUCAUGAACAGGAACAGAAGCUGCAGAAGCAGGAAGAUAACAACAAGAACACCGCGUCAUCUCAUGCUAACCAAUACCAAUCACGCCCACAACCGUUAGAAAAACCUACCGUCCACUCCGAGUCUGCUACUUCUUUAAAGCAGGAUAGUGAACCAGAAUUGAACACUGAUCUGUCUCUAGGUUCUGAUUUCGCAAAUUCUAUUUCUUCAGAUUCGUAG